GUGCUUCAACGCUCCGAAACUGUCAAAACUCCUGAAUUACACAGCGUAGAGUAUCACAUUUGAUGUCUACAGUUGUAUUGAAGUCAGUAGUUUGGCUUUAAGAAUGUUUGCUUCCCUUUUUCUGGUCAUGCUGGGGCUGUGCUACUGUAGCAGCGAGAGCGAUCAGUUAAUUCUGGAGAAGCCACAUCUGUCAGGUCCCUCUGAGGCUUUGUUGAAAAACAUCACUGUAUUUAAUUGUUCCCUUUCGAGCCACCCAAAGAAUGAGUCUAUCCUGCUGAAGUUAUUCAAGAGGGGUAGCCAUGCCAGGCAGUUGGGCGAAUACACCUCCCUGGCUGGGGAACCUGGACUCUUCCACUUGGUGAUCAAACUUACCCAUGAGGGAAACCUGGAGUGUGUGGCCAGCGCACAGAACAACACUAACAUAAAGCCCACUUUUAGCGACAAACACCACCUGAAGGUUGUUGAGCCAGUGAAGAACGCAGAGAUUGUCGUCCCCUCAGGUGCAGUGGAGCUCUUUGAGGGGCAGAGACUGGAGCUCCUCUGUAACCUUGCUGCUGGAAAUCAUGUUUCCUACAAGUGGCUGCGGAAUGGUCAGCUCAUCUCUCCGUCUCCUGUCCACCCUGCUUCUCAUAAUUUCUCGAUUUCACGAGCCACCUCAGAAGACAGCGGCUCCUACACAUGUAUGGCUUCCAACGUCUUCAGCUCCGCCAACAGCUCUGAAGUUGUAAUCACAGUCAAAGAUGUGGUGUCAGCCCCUGAAAUCUCCUUCAGCGUGUUAAAGGAGGAUUCCCACAACUACUCUGCCAUGGUCACCUGUCAGUCAACCAAAGGGACUCCACCUGUCACCUUUUCAUUCUACAUCGGGGGAGCAUUGGUUGGCAAUGUGACGAGUGAAGACAGAAGCGCCACAUUUAAGGUCCCACUGGUCUUGGGUCAGGACUCAGAAAUCCAGUGCCAGGCAGACAAUGGAAACUAUAGUAAACGUAGUCAAUCGUUGCCCUUAAAAGUUGAGCCAGUGAAGAACGCAGAGAUUGUCGUCCGCUCAGGUGCAGUGGAGCUCUUUGAGGGGGAUCCGCUGGAGCUCCUCUGUAACCUUGCUGCUGGAAAUCAUGUUUCCUACAAGUGGCUGCUGAAUGGUCGGCUCAUCUCUCCGUCUCCUGUCCACCAUAAGCAUCUCUUGAUUUCACGAGCCACCUCAAAAGACAGCGGCUCCUACACAUGUAUGGCUUCCAACGUCUUCAGCUCCGCCAACAGCUCUGAAGUUGUAAUCACAGUCAAAGAUGUGGUGUCAGCCCCUGAAAUCUCCUUCAGCGUGUUAAAGGAGGAUUCCCACAACUACUCUGCCAUGGUCACCUGUCAGUCAACCAAAGGGACUCCACCUGUCACCUUUUCAUUCUACAUCGGGGGAGCAUUGGUUGGCAAUGUGACGAGUGAAGACAGAAGCGCCACAUUUAAGGUCCCACUGGUCUUGGGUCAGGACUCAGAAAUCCAGUGCCAGGCAGACAAUGGAAACUAUAGUAAACGUAGUCAAUCGUUGCCCUUAAAAGUUGAGCCAGUGAAGAACGCAGAGAUUGUCGUCCACUCAGGUGCAGUGGAGCUCUUUGAGGGGGAUCCGCUGGAGCUCCUCUGUAACCUUGCUGCUGGAAAUCAUGUUUCCUACAAGUGGCUGCUGAAUGGUCGGCUCAUCUCUCCGUCUCCUGUCCACCAUAAGCAUCUCUUGAUUUCACGAGCCACCUCAGAAGACAGCGGCUCCUACACAUGUAUGGCUUCCAACGUCUUCAGCUCCGCUAACAGCUCUGAAGUUGUAAUCACAGUCAAAGAUGUGGUGUCAGCCCCUGAAAUCUCCUUCAGCGUGUUAAAGGAGGAUUCCCACAACUACUCUGCCGUGGUCACCUGUCAGUCAACCAAAGGGACUCCACCUGUCACCUUUUCACUCUACAUUGGGGGAGCAUUGGUUGGCAAUGUGACAAGUGAAGACAGAAGCGCCACAUUUAAGGUCCCAGUGGUCUUGGGUCAGGACUCAAAAAUCCAGUGCCAGGCAGACAAUGGAAACUAUAGCAAACGUAGUCAAUUGUUACCCUACAAAGUUGUCUUGGUUCGUGGGCCCGUGAACAUAACCGUGGACAAUGAAUACGACACUGGAGAAUACUUGGCUGUGGUCGGCCUCAGGUUGAACUGCGAGGUGGCGGAGGGAUCUCAUCCACGGUACCGCUGGUUCCUCAACAAUACCCUCCUACAUGACCGAGGAAGCUUCUACUACGUGCACAACCCUUCUCCAAAACAAUCGACCCUCAUACUGUCUGUAGAGAGACGCAGCACUGGGACGUACCACUGUGAAGUGUCUGACAGCUUUGACAACACCACUGCAAUAAGCAGCAUUAAUCUAUACGUAGAUAAAGAAGGGCUGAGCCGUCUCCCCGUCUUAGUAGUGGCAGUUGUCUUUGGAUGUUUCACAGUCCUGAUUCUUCUGGUCUCCGUUUGUUGCUUCAUUGGGGUGGUCUACAGGCGAAGGGUGUAUGGAAAGACGUCUCUGUUGGGCCUGGAGAUGGAAAGAAGGGUAGCUGCACGUGGGGGCGAGCUGGAUCUGCUUGACUACGAUGAGGAUGCUGAUUUGGUGAAGGCAGUCAGAGAGGACGAAUUUGAUCAGGCAUCUGAAGCCUCCGUAGAUGAAUGGCCCCAAAUUGCAGAGGAGGAGAAGACUCUGGAAGAUGAACCAGUUGAGAUUCUCUGAAGAUUCAAAGAGUUUGUUCCAUGUAAACACAGACUGUUGUGGUUAAAUAAACAUCUGCC